GUUUUUCGGAGGCGAAAUAUGGCGGCGGUAAUGUUAUGGAGUUUCCGCUACUUGCAUGCAAUCGAGGCCAUGGUAGCUAAGCUAGCGUCACGCUAGGCCUCCAGCAGACCAGCGGCAGGGACAGCAACAAGAUCAAACACUGCUCUUUGUCAAGGAGACGAACAGCCAGCACUUAAUAAGUCUGCAUGAAAACACUUAAAACCACAGAAAUAUGGUGGUUCUCAAAAUUCGAGACCAGCCUGCUUUGCUGAAAGCAAUUUUCAAUGUGGACCCUGAUGAAGUACGCUCACUCAUUUUUAAAAAGGAGGAUGUGAAUGUUCAGGACAAUGAGAAGCGGACACCACUGCAUGCUGCUGCCUACCUUGGAGAUGCCGAAAUUAUAGAACUUCUGAUCCUUUCAGGUGCCAGAGUAAAUGCCAAAGAUAGUAAGUGGCUCACUCCUCUGCACCGAGCUGUUGCAUCCUGUAGUGAGGAGGCUGUACAAGUAUUGCUGAAACACUCUGCAGACGUAAACGCCCGGGACAAGAACUGGCAGACGCCGCUGCAUAUCGCCGCGGCCAACAAAGCCGUCCGCUGUGCUGAAGCACUCGCCCCUCUGCUCAGCAAUGUGAAUGUGUCGGACAGAGCAGGCCGGACUGCACUGCAUCAUGCAGCCUUCAGUGGACAUCUCGAGAUGGUGCGGCUCUUGCUCUCGAGAGGGGCCAACAUCAAUGCCUUCGACAAGAAGGAUCGGCGUGCAAUCCAUUGGGCGGCUUACAUGGGUCAUGUUGAGGUGGUAAAGCUGCUCGCCUCUCAUGGUGCUGAAGUCGCCUGCAAAGAUAAGAAAUCUUACACACCUCUACACGCAGCUGCCUCCAGUGGGAUGAUCAGUGUUGUCAAAUACCUCCUGGACUUGGGGGUGGAUAUCAAUGACCCUAAUGCAUAUGGCAACACGCCACUCCAUGUGGCCUGCUACAACGGUCAAGAUGUAGUGGUGAAUGAGCUCAUAGAGUGUGGGGCAAAUGUCAACCAGGUGAAUGAGAAGGGUUUUGCUCCCCUUCACUUUACUGCUGCUUCCCGGCAAGGCAAGCUAUGUCUGGAGCUGCUUGUCUGCAAUGGGGCUGAUGUCAACAUCAAGAGUACGGAUGGAAAAACUCCCCUGCACAUGACUGCAAUUCAUGGAAGAUUCUCAAGGUCCCUAGCAAUCAUAGAAAAUGGUGCUGAGGUUGACUGUGAGGAUAAGAAUGGAAAUACGCCACUACAUAUUGCUGCACGCUAUGGACACGAGCUCCUCAUCAAUACGCUCAUUGCUAACAGAGCUGACACCGCCAAACAAGGCGUACACGGUAUGUUCCCGCUGCAUUUGUCCGCUCUCAGUGGAUUCUCUGACUGCUGCCGAAAGCUUCUGUCUUCAGGUAACUUCAGUAUGAUAGUUUAUCUUGCAGUAGAGUUAUGUACUGUGUUGCUCAUCAUCCCUUCUUCAUUAGGUUUUGAUAUAGACACGCCUGAUGACUUUGGGAGGACUUGUUUACAUGCUGCAGCUGCUGGAGGAAAUCUGGAAUGUCUCAAUCUACUUCUCAAUACUGGGGCAGACUUCAAUAAAAAAGACAGCUUUGGCAGGACUUCUCUGCACUAUGCUGCUGCCAACUGUAACUACCAGUGUCUGUUUGCGCUGGUGGGUUCUGGGGCCAGCGUCAAUGAUGUUGAUGAGAGGGGCUGCACUCCUCUCCACUACGCUGCUGCUUCUGACACAGAUGGAAAGUGCCUGGAAUAUUUACUGCGUAACGAUGCAAAUCCAGGGAUCCGAGACAAUCAGGGCUACAAUGCUGUGCAUUAUUCCUCUGCAUAUGGACAUCGCCUCUGUUUGGAGCUGAUUGCAAGUGAAACCCCACUAGAUGUGCUAAUGGAAACCUCAGGGACAGACAUCCUCAAUGACUCUGAAGUCCGAGCGCCGAUAAGCCCUUUGCACCUUGCUGCGUACCACGGUCACCACCAAGCCAUGGAGGUUCUGGUUCAGUCACUGUUGGAUCUGAAUGUGAGAAACAGCCAAGGACGCACCCCUCUAGACUUGGCUGCAUUUAAGGGCCAUGUGGAGUGUGUGGAUGUUCUAAUCAACCAAGGUGCCUCCAUCUUGGUUAAAGACUUCACCUUAAAGCGUACCCCUAUUCAUGCUGCAGCUACUAAUGGCCAUUUAGAAUGUUUACGUUUGCUGAUUGGAAAUGCUGAUCUUCAAAGUGCAGUGGACAUUCAAGAUGGCAACGGACAAACCCCUCUGAUGCUCUCGGUUUUAAGUGGACACACAGACUGCGUAUAUUCUUUGCUUAAUAAGGGAGCUGGUGUAGAAACCAAAGACAAGUGGGGCAGGACAGCCCUGCAUAGAGGGGCUGUGACUGGUCAUGAGGAAUGUGUGGAGGCUUUACUUCAGCACAGCGCCAGCUUUUUGGUGCAGGACUAUAAAGGCCGCACACCUAUCCAUUUGGCAGCAGCGUGUGGUCACAUUGGUGUACUGGGAGGCCUGCUGCAUGCUGCCCAGUCAGUGGAAGCACCUCCAGUGCUAACAGACAGCCAAGGGUACACACCACUGCACUGGUCCUGCUACAAUGGUCACGACACAUGUGUGGAGGUUCUGCUCGAGCAAGAGGUUUUCCAAAAAGCAGAAGGCAAUCUUUUCACCCCACUCCACUGUGCUGUGAUCCGUGACAAUGAAGGUGCUGCGGAGAUGCUUAUAGACACCCUGGGCCCUGCCAUUGUCAAUGCCAAAGACAGCAAAAACAGGACCCCUCUACAUGCUGCAGCCUUCACUGACCAUGUUGAAUGCCUGCAGCUGUUGCUGAGCCACAACGCUCAAGUCAACAGUGUGGAUGCUGCAGGGAAGACCCCACUCAUGAUGGCGGCUGAGAAUGGCCAAACCAAUGCUGUCGAGCUCUUGGUGAGCAGUGCAAAAGCCGAUCUCACUCUUCAGGAUAUAGUUAAGAACACUGCGCUUCAUCUGGCCUGCAGUAAGGGCCAUGAAACCAGUGCUUUGUGGAUAUUGGAGAAAAUUGCAGACAGAAACCUCAUAAAUGCCACUAACGCCGCCUUACAGACGCCUUUGCACGUAGCUGCAAGGAAUGGCCUGACGGUGGUGGUUCAAGAGCUUCUCGCAAAAGGAGCCAGUGUCCUUGCCGUCGAUGAGAAUGGCUACACACCCGCCUUGGCUUGUGCCCCCAACAAAGAUGUGGCAGACUGCCUCGCCCUCAUCCUGGCCACCAUGAUGCCUGUGUCCCCCUGUACCCUGGCGCCCACCCUCCCUUUCAGUGCCAUUAACCACUACACCACCAGCCCCUCCAAAAGCGUCACCUUUGAUAGCCUACCUGUGCUGCGUGGGCAGCAUAGCUCCUACUGCAGCUUCAACAACAUUAGCCAUCAUGAUGUUUUCUACAAAGAUGACGAGCUCAACGAUUCUGACUCAGAAACGUACUGAAGGACAGAAAACUGCUCGAAACAUACACAUACACACUGUGUCUUAAAAGUUCACCCAGGGCCAGCUUGGUAGGGCAGAAAAAAAGACUAACCCCUUCAGGAGCCUUAAAACUCAUCCCCUCCCGACCUCAUCCAGCACCAGGUGUCCUUCCAGCUGAUACAAGGCUACACUGACUCACUUUUUAAGUGACUGCACUCAAUGGGCAUAGAGCAACGUUUUUACUGCAAUAACAUGCUGAUGGAAGGACGGUAGCACAUCACAGAAAGCUUAACCAGCAUGGACCAAAAAAUGCAGAUGCAUUUUAACCCAAAUUUAAUUAAGUAUGCAUGAUUAAUUUGUUUGUUUUGGGGGUGUGCGUCUGUUGGUUUUCCUUGAGGCAGUGCACCCAGUUCAAAGUUUUCGAGAUGUUUCCGUGUUUUUAGAGUUAGAUUCUACGCACUCAUCUUCAGAAUGCACUUGCCCUUUCAAAUCUGUGUCACACAGGAGGGAAAUUGUUUGAGUGUGAGAUCAAAACUUUAAAGUAUGUUUGCCUUUAACUCCCUAUCCUCUUGAAAAGAACAAUAAUUUACAUUAUUUUAUCACCCGUGUGUAUCGAUCUGUCCAUCCUGGUUUAGUCUCUAGAAUAAAUUAUUUGUGUACUUUUUGGUCCUAUAUCAUUGUCAUUGUGUGCCUUCAUUUAAUACUGAGGUGGGGUGGGGAAGUGUAAAAGCACAGUGACUAGGUAAGUACCAGUAAUGAAGAGCUGAGCCACUGUUGAGAUACGGGUGUAAACCAUGGACAGAAAGAAAAAAAAUUAACUGAAAAAAAUUUAAUUUGACUUUCUUUGACUAUUAGUCAGAGGGGUUUAUUGUUUUAGAAGGUUUUUAAUAUAACUGGAAAUAUGUACAUUUAAUUCCCUGUAACAGUUUUUGCGGGUGGGAUAUAACUGGAAAGUGUACAUAUUUAAAAAGAAUCAAAAGUUGCAAUGAAUUAUUUCAGUACUGAAAUUGGUGUAUAUUUUAUGAGUAAUAAAGAAUUGAGAUACUGGAU